AUGUGUUAUCUGUGCGGCACUCCCAAGUAUAAUCUUGCCCAUUUGGGCAUCACGGACCCGGAGCCUCCCUAUACCAUCAACAUCUAUGUUGACGAGGUCAAACAAUUGCAUCGCCGCGGCGUAAAUAGUGUAAACAAGGAUCAAUAUCCCAAGGAGGGGUUCAGAGUAUAUGGAGGCAGCAGCAGCAGGUCAGCUCUCGCGAUUCUUGGUGCCCCUGACACGAGACGAAAACGCCACGCCCAUCCUAUGGCUGGGUGCCCAUCAGCAAGAAAGAGGCCCACCAACCUCACUCGACGACAAACCGAUCACAAAUUGUAUCGCAUCCGUAACAGGCGACAAGCUGCUCUGGACAUCCCCAACGAUACUAGAAAAGACACAGUCUUGGAAGAGGAUGUAUCAGAGAGGCGGGUGCCUCUCUUCCGUCACGACGGUGACUUGUACCACGUAACCUCCCGAAAUAACGGUAACGACUUCGAUAACGAUGAAAACGACAGCAGCAGCGACAAUGUCGAUGACAACGGCGACCACGAAGCUAACGAUAAAGGCGUUUCUAAAAAGACGAUCGCAAUGGCGAACUACGAGAUCGACGAUGAAGAUGAGAGUAUGUGGCAGCAGAGCCUGCGCUGGCCCGCCCCCCCUAGACCUACUGGUGGCCUUUACGAUGGGAAAGACCACGGGAUUGCAAAUAAAGAGCGCGUGAAGGCUACAUAUCUCCGUUCAGGACAAGACGAUGAAAACGAAGACCACCGCGACGACGACGACGACGAUGACGACGAAAUUGUCCAUUACCAUACUAGUAACCUGGAACCUAGCGACUCGAGAGGAUUAACGGCAAUGACCAUCGCUUUUCGACCACAGGGGGAGAUAUACGGUAUUAUCGGCGAAGAUCGCUCGGAAUUACAUGCUUGUGCUUUUCUCUGUUCCCUUAGAAUUUCGGCGCGAGUACACCCAACGCAACAGAAGGGAAUAAUAGCUUCAAUCGAGCGAUAA